UAGAAAAUAUACAAGAAUUAUAAAAAUAUAGAUUACGCAUUGCGCAGGUUUUUUUGGUUUAAAUCAACAGGUGUUCGAUGUGCUACGUCACAUCAGCAAAUAAAGUGAUUGACGUUUAAAAAAAAAUUUUAAAAACGUUACAAAAUUUUGUAAAAAUUUAAAAAAAUAAAAUACUUUAAAUAUGAAAUGCGCUGUGAAAAAUUGCAAAAGCACCAACAACUCCAAGGCGUGCGAAAUUAGUUUUUUUUUAUUUCCGACGGACGCUUCCAUUCAGAAGCAAUGGGUAAGUUUUUGUGACCGUGAGAAACAAAUAAAUCCCAAAACAUCAUAUGUAUGCAUGCUACAUUUUAAAGAUGAAGAUGUGGAAAAUAGGUUGCAGUACGAAAUGGGGUUCGCCAAAAGGAGACUUUUAAAACCCGGUACUGUUCCAUCCAUAAAACAUGACCCAUUUGAAAAUAAAGAACUAGGCGAAGAACAAUUAUCAAUAAUUGAACAACAAGAAAACAAAAAGAUAGUAGCUUUAAUUCUCCAAGAAUAUAAUUGCAUUAAAAAUAUAGAACAAAAAGAAAAUAUCACCGAUGACGUCCAAAAUCUCGGGAAUUUUAAAACAAUUAUUGAAGACAUUGGUUCCGAAAAUAUUCAACCAUAUUUAUGUAUGGAAGAACUUAAACAUUUAAGGACCGAGGUGUAA